AUGUUUAAUAUUAUUAAAAGUUCAACGAGUAAUGUUGCUUGUUGUAAAAGAUUACUACUACUUCAACAGUCACUGACUAAAGGUAGUAGUAGUUGUAUGAACCAUUACUAUUAUUACUGUAGUAGUAGUACUUCAUCUUCUUCAUCUUCAUCAUAUAAUAAUAAUAAUAAUAAUAAUAAUAGAAAUACAACAUACAAGAGUAAAAGUAAAUUCUCACCUUUUGAUCAUAAUAAACAUAACAAUAAUAAUAAUCAAAAGAAUAAUAUAUUUGUACAAUCAACUAUAGUAUCUACAAGAGUAGGAGCAGAACAUUUAUCAAUAACAAAGGAAAUGUUGGCAGAGACUAAAUACCAAACCAUCUAUCAUCAAAAGGAUGAUGAUCAAAUGGGAGAGGUGUUGAGAGGUGUCGUUCCAUAUGACUAUGAAUUUGUGUCGAGAGCAAGAGAGAGAUGGGUUGGAAUGAACAUUAUCGAUAUGUUUAUGAAAGAGUAUAGACCACAUCCAAGGGAACUGUACGAGAUCAAGAUUGCAAUGGGAAAGAUAUUGGUCAAUGAUCUCCCGACGACGGCAGACUAUGUCAUCAAGAGUGGUGACACUUUUAAACAUAUUGUACAUCGACACGAGAUUGAUGUAUUGGCAUUGGAACCAACACUGAUUGCCGAGACAUUGGAUUAUUUGGUGGUGGACAAGCCACCCUCGAUACCGGUGCAUCCGGCCGGUCCGUACAGACACAACUCUCUCACCUUUUUACUGGCCCGACAAUUUGGAUACACUAACCUACUCGCAUGUCACCGUCUCGACAGGUUGACAAGCGGUGUGGUCGUAUUGGCCAAGAACUCAACAGCAAGUGGUCGACUUGGAAAAGUGUUUAAAAAAGGUGACAUUGACAAAAUCUAUUUGGCAAAGGUGAAAGGAAUGUUUCCCUACUUGGAAGAGACGAUGGUUGCCAAACCCAUCAUGGUGCUAAACGAGAUAACAGGGUUGGGUGUGGAAGAUGCGCGGGGUAAGCCAUCCACCACCUUUUUCAAGUUGGCACACUAUAACAAAGAGAGUGACACUUCAAUCAUUUGGUGUCGUCCCAUCACUGGAAGAGGUCACCAAAUUAGAAUACACCUCAAAUCGAUCGGGUUCCCCAUCACCAACGAUCCACUCUACAAUGAUGAUUUCAUCCGAUCAAAUAGUCAUCAAGCUGCUACCCAAGCUACAAACUCUUGGAACAAAACAACAUUAAUCAGUCAAUCAGAUAAAUAUAAUCAACAAAUGAAAUUAAAAGAAUUUAAAUUUAAAUCAAAAGAAAAAGAAAAUCAAAAUGAAAUAGAAAAAGAACAACAACAACAACAACAAAAAGAUGAAGAUAAUAUAGUUGGACAUCAAUUAAGUCUUGAACAAGUGAAUAUAGUUAUGCAAUCGAGUAUACAAGAAUAUAAAGAAAAAGUUAAAAGUAUUCGACAAGACAGUACAUUGACAGACGCUGAAAAGGAUGAAAAAGUUAAAAGUGUUGCUCUUCCAUGUUUGGAUUGUUGUCUCGAACGGUUUUAUUCACUUAUUGACAAUGGAACACCAGUGGAAUCAUUGAUCAACGACACUCAAAUUGCUCAAUCACUUUUACAACAACACCAAUUUAGAAAGAAUCCAACACACUCUAUACAUCUACAUUCUUAUAGUUACCAAGGUCCUGAUUUCCAUUAUGUUUCCCAAGUUCCUCUUUGGGCUACUCCAAACAACAACAAUAAGAAAUAA